AUCUGAGAGCAGAGCAAGUGCAGAGCUGCAUACCAAGUGCUGAAAGGUUACUGAGUGAACAGAACUGGAAUGAAUGUGUAUUUUAAAGGCUGAUUGUUCCUAUUCAAAUAAAUUAUGCCCAAGUUCAAACAACGAAGGAGAAAGCUAAAAGCCAAAGCCAAAAGGUUAUUAAAAAAAAAAGAAGCCUCUUACUCCCAGUCCAAGCUACCUACACCUACCACUCCACUACCCUCACCAGAAAGAGUGGUUAUUUCUUCAACAGAUAUACCUGUUCCACAUAGUAGAAACUGGCUAAGACCAUCUUGGAACUUCAAGCUUCCCAACAUCAAAGAUGCAAUAAACCUUUGGAAAAAUAGUGUGUGGUCUAUAUACAGCUGGUGCCAGAACUGUGUAGCCCAGGGUCUAGAAGUAUUGAAAGAUACCAUCUUUCCAUCCCGAAUCUGCCACCGAGAACUUAAUAGUCUAAAACAACAGUUUUGCAAUUUGGAGAGCAAAUUAUGCAAGCUCCAAGAAACACUGCAGAUCGUCUCAGAAAAUUCUUGUCCGAGAUGUGGUCAAACGUGUUACAGGAGUGGUAAACUUACAAACAUGCCUGCCCAUGCUGUAAUCACCCCUGGAGAAUCACCAGCUAUACCACCUCCCACACCACCACAGCCAGCCAGCCAACCUCCUCCACCUCCUCCUCCACCGCCUCCACCUCCUCCUCCUCCUCUGCCUCCUCCUCCACCACCAGUAGCACCUUUGCUGCUCAGAAAAUCUGGCCUCACUCAAGCACUUCAGACUGGACCACUAAAAAAAGAUGGACCCUUGCAGAUAACAGUUAAAGAUCUUCUGACUGUGAAAUUAAAGAAGACACAGAAUAUGGAUGAAAGGAAGAAGCUUGUACCAUCACCGAAGGCACAGGCAAGGAAUCCACUGGUUACUGUUUCUGACUUGCAGCGUGUUACCCUGAAAUCGAACUCCAAAGCAUUAUCAACUCGAAUUACAAAUGUCCUAAUUACGCCUGGUAAAAGCCAGAUAGAUCUGCGGAAACUGCUUAGAAAAGUUGACGUGGAGAGGAGCCCAGGUGGAACCCCUCUAACCAAUAAAGAAAAUAUGGAAACAGGAACUGGACUGACCCCAGUGAUGACCCGGGCCUUGAGGAGAAAGUUUCAGCUGGCUCACCCUAGAAGCCCAACUCAAAGUCUGCCACUUUCUACAAGCAACUUUGAUGAGCAAAAUUGAUGCCAACUCUGCCUGAUUCCAUGUGGUGAUCCAUAAAAUAUAUAGAUAAAAUCAUCCAAAUCUUUUUAAUGUAAUCAAGUAUGUUUAAAUACUAAUAUAAUCCCAUUUGAAGAGUCAGAGUAUAUAUGGAGACUAUACAUACUGUGAUAUAAAGUAUUUGGGUAUUUUCUAGUUUGCAUGAUGGUAAGAGAACCUGAUGAGAAAAUGCAAUCUUCAAAGUGGUGUUUAUCCUGCAAUUUAGGUUAGAGAGGUUGUUCACAUUUAACUAGUUGAUUCUAGUUUAUACUGUAGUUGUAGCUAUAACAUUGAGAAAAUAAGUAUGGUUCUUGUUCAUCCUGUUUAUCUGUGGUAACUGAAAAAUAUUUUAGCCUGUAAGGUUCAUGCAUUCGUUGCUACAA